GUGAGGAGAUUCUCAGAAGCCUUCUUCUACACUGAGCACCAGAAACUUGAUGUGCUUACAUUUCAGGAAGGCCUGAUCCAAAGUCAUGGUCAGAUUUCUACAGAAAUUCGUAAUUCAGAGUACUUCACCAGCAUGCCCCCCCUUCCAGCAGAAUGCCUUGACAUAGAUGGGGACUGGAACACGCUCCCAGUUAUCUUUGAAGAUAGGUACAUGGAUAUGCCUUGCAAAGAUCAGAAUUUGGAAGUUUUCCCAGAUUUUGAGGUUCCUGCAAACACUCAAAUAGAUGUAACAGAUGACAAUGAGGAUUUUGCAUCAAAUGAUGCUGCUGCAGUAAUGAAAGGAGACUUUGGGAAAGGUCCUCUGUUAAUACACACAGAUAGGAUAAAUGGGAAUCCCUCCUGCAUAUACAGUGGUACUGAAAGUGCUGCAUAUACAGCUAAGAGUUUAAACCAGCACUCCACAUCUCAGGUAUGUACAGUGAACAAAGAUGCCCAAAGGAAACCUGAAAAUAUUUUUGCUUCAAGUCAGGAAGCUACUUCUGACUCAGAGCCAGGCAAUACAGAAUGCACAGCAGAUGACUUUAAAUCACCCAAGGAGGCUUUAUUAAAAGACAACAACAGACUUACAGCGGAUGUUACCUAUGGAGAUACAAAUCCUAGCAAUAAGGAUUCCCACAGAAGUGAGCCUGUGUUAAUUGUUAGUGCUCAGCAUGAGUGUGGAGCAUGUGGAACUGAUGGCUUGGAAGACAGGACUGAAAUAUAUAAACCAGAUGAAUCUAGUCAUCCUGAGAAUAACUUCACUUCAUCUGAGCUUGCACUGAAUGAAUUAACCAACCUGGAAAAAACAGGAGAUCCAGACCCCAAGGCUUUGCUCCCUCUUUUGAAAGCUUUGCCCACACACAGCUUUGAAGUGAAAUUGUUCACAAAGGAGCAACGAGGUGAGGAGUGCGAAGAAUUCACCCUGAUGUCAGGGGUCAUAAAAAGGUCCUCCUCUAUAAUAUCUGAUUCAGGCAUUGAAAGUGAACCAAGUUCAGUGGCGUGGUCUGAUGCUCGUAGCCGGGCACUGGAGCUGCCCAGUGAUCGAGAGAUCCUGCACCACUUGGUACGGAGACAUGUCAUCCACCGAAACUCCCUGGAGGGUGGUCACACAGAAAGCAAUACGAGCUUGCCCAGUGGGAUCCAAGCAUCACUCACAUCCAUCAGCUCUUUGCCCUUUGAGGAAGAGGAAAGGGAAGUGGAGCUUACCAAACUGACAAAAUCUGUCUCGGCCCCUCAGAUCAGUAGUCCAGAAGAGCCUGCGGAGGAGGUAGAUAUCUCCAAACACAGUGAAGUCACCUCAGGAGAUUCAGGAGGAAACUUAAAAAGUUGCAUAGAAAAAGAGACUGGAGAUGGAAAAUUAAUGGUGGACUUUUCUGAGUGUCAAAUCACCACUGGAAGUGAACAACUAGAACCAAGAGGUACCCAAAAACCCUCUAUCAAACAUAGUAGCAGUAACACUGAGUUACAAGGGGAGGAGGAGAAGGAAAGUUUUCCAGAGACUCUCUGUAGUUUGGAAAAUGUAGGACCACCCAUUUGUCCAAAGCAGCUCCAAGAUAGUAUCUCUGAGUGCCAGUCGCUGGAGAGCAGUGCUGAGUGCAGCUUAAAAACACCAAGGGCUUGUAAUUAUUUGGACAAAAAUAUAGGUAAGUUUGAUACAUGCACUGAGGACCCAAAGGAUGAACUUAAGCCGGACAGUUUAAAAAUACAAGACUUUUACUCCAAUAACAGAAUUUCAGGAGAGGAGAGUCUUUCACAAAGCAUAAAGCUGGUACCAGAUUUUUGCUAUCAUGUUCCAGCUCCUUCAGAGACCUCAACUGAAUUUGGCUCAAUGCAAGGAGAGUGUGGGAGCUCUCUAGCUGAUGAGAGCUCAGCAGUGUAUGCAGAAAUGCAGGGGUUACAAGAAAUUGAGCUCAAUGACUCACCUGCCUCAGCAAACCAUGCAGCAGGAUCCUACCAGGCUGAGUAUCCUGAGGAACCCAACCGCCAAGAGCAUAAACUUGUUGCUAAUGGCACCGGGUUUCAUCCGGCUACAACGGAAGGAGUAGCUCUGGAAAGUAGAAAGGCUGUUGAUGUGGUUAACCUGUCCGUCUCUUGCACAGCCACGUGUCUUCCCUUUUCUUCUGUGCUCAAAGAGACCCCUGCUAUGGUCGGCUUCUCUGCAAAGCAGGCUGCGUUCCCUAUCACACGCCAGCCUCUGGGCUCUUUUGGAGUUGUCUCUUCGAAUUCAGAUGAGAUGGAUGAAGAGACAAAUGAAAGGAUGCUGAAUUUUUAUCAGGCCAAAGAAAAAUUUAAAAAGGAGAUGAAGAUUGAAGGAUUUCUGUACAGUGACGUAUCUGUACUAGCUUCUGAUAUCCCAUAUUUUCCACCAGAGGAAGAGGAAGAAAAUUUAGAAGAUGGAAUUCAUCUGGUUGUCUGUGUCCAUGGAUUGGAUGGUAACAGUGCAGAUCUGCGGCUGGUAAAGACUUUUAUAGAACUGGGACUCCCUGGUGGAAAACUGGACUUCCUAAUGUCAGAAAGAAAUCAGACUGAUACUUUUGCUGAUUUUGAUACAAUGACUGACCGAUUAUUGGAUGAAAUUAUUCAGCAUAUCCAGUUGUACAACCUCUCCAUAUCCCGAAUAAGUUUUAUUGGACAUUCCCUUGGUAACGUCAUCAUUCGAUCUGUACUAACUCGCCCCAGGUUUCGCUAUUACCUCAACAAGUUACACACCUUCCUGUCCCUCUCUGGGCCUCAUCUGGGAACCCUUUACAACAACAGUACUUUGGUUAGUACAG